GUUGUUUCUAAACUUUUAUGCCUGACUGAACUUAACCGGGCUAGAACUUCUCUAUACACUCAGAUAUAUGAUAGAUCGCUGGACCUACAAUCCUCCUCCUUCUGUCCCUCUCAAUCUCUCCUUUAUUCACAGCCAAUUAACCACAAAUCCGAAGCCUACACGCUCCAAAGCCCCACCACCACCUUCAAUCCAGUCCCUUUCAGCAGCAACGACCGACACCGACAAACCAUAACUCAGAAAAUUCUGUGGAGAUUACCACGCUCUCUCUCGAGGCCUGUAGCCAUCAGCCAACGCUAUUCGCUAAGCGUGACAAUGACCACGUACACCGGUGAAUCUGGUAACUGCUAUAGGCUAUAGCCAUUGCCGCAGGGGGGCUGGGCAAGAGCAGAACCAGCUAUCCUUUCUUGCGUCUGAGAUUGGUUUCUACCGAUGCAGCGCAGGGGGUGGCGGUGAUCCAUAUUGAACUGGGUGUACUGAUGGCCAUGGAUGGUGCUGCUGUGGGGGAGGAGGCGAUGCAUAUCGGACAGGGUUUGUGGGUGGCAAUGGGCCGGGGUAAUAUGGUGGUGGCGGUGGCGGUGGCCAUGGAUGUGUUGGGGUGCAGGGCAGCGGUGGCGGCAGGACGGGGCAUGGCGGGCACUGUGGUGGAGGGUGAUAGACUGGCGCUGGAGGAGGCGGGGAUGGUGGAGGUGGGGAAUGCGGUAGUGGUGAUGGUGGUGGUGGUGACGGCAGAAGUUGAGGUGGCGGUGGUGAAGGCAGCGGCGGUGGCGGCAGAGGAGGAGACAGAAGUGGUGGAGGUGGAGAUGGCGGCGGCGGCGAUGGUGGAGGUGGCGAAGGCGGGGGCGGUGAAGGCAGACGUACGCGUCCCGCAGGCGCCGGCUCGGGAACCGCCACGACGGAUCCACCUCCACCGCCACCGUCGGCCGCCCCUCUGAAGCCGCGG